AUGUCCUCUUUAGGAGAAGUUGUGCUUCAGGACCAAUUCACAGUUUGGGAGCCGAAACAAAUUAUCAAGAAGGGCCGAGAUAGGCGCGUUUUCCUUUUUGAUGCAUAUCUUAUUCUUGCUAAAGAGCAAGCCUCUCUGCCUGGCGAACACAAAGCUAGAUACCUUUUCAAAUUGCGACUUCUAUUGGCCGACUGCAACAUUACAGAGCACAUAGAGGGCGAUCAGUGCAAAUUUGCGCUUUGGACAGGCAGAGUGCCACCAAUUCAUGAAUAUCGUCUUGUUUUAAAGGCAACAACGCUCGAGAUCAAGCAGGCAAGCAUACCCUUCACAUUGGACCUUUAUGCUGUUGUAUACCCCUUAUUUCCAGCUAUUUAA